AUGGAUGUGGUCGUGGAAGACGUUUCUAUCCAGGGCCCAGUACCUCCGUCAUUGAUCUCCGCUCUUUCACAAAAUGCACUCGAUUCCAAUGAGCCUCCAAUCAAGCGACGCAAGGUCUCCAAGGCAGUUAGAUACGUAAUUUCUGAUGAGAAGGGUCUCUCUGAAUCUGGAAUACUUGUCGGCUAUAUUCCGUUAGUUCGAGUAAAGCUACGCUUUAAUUUCGCGUCUUCCAGUGAUAAUAAUGGUAUCGAUACCAUAUUCGACGCAAUUGAUCCUUCCAGUCGACUUCCUGUUCUUGUAGAAAUUAAGGAGAAUCGUCACGAUAAUACCGGACCCGAUACUCUAGAUCAAUCUCAAAUCAAUCGUGAGGCAUGUACACUUGUAGCGAAGACCAUCGAUAACCAGGAAGAUGUCUUCAUUCACGAAUUUGAAGACUCUCAAGCUUUCGAAUUGCUUGAACAACUCCAACAGGCCACUAGUCUGAUCCCGGCCGAUCGAUCCCCCAGUCUUGAUCCGAUAGCGUGUUAUCAGGCAACAAUAUAUCGAUCAUCAAUAAAAUCCCAACUUUUCUUGGAGGUUGUGGUACUUUGGAAGGACUCUCUUGAAAUCCCCGAUAUACGGCGCCUUGAACAUCAAGUUCUAGAGGUCUUUGGAAGGUACGCUCUGCAAGAACACCAUCAACGACCCAUGAACCAAGAAAACCGCCUAGAACUACGUGAGAAACUACUGGGAACUCCUCGAGGCUGGUCUCCGCGAGAAUUUUAUGAAAAUGUCCAUGUCCCGCCUGAUACAGAAGCAACAUCAGCAGAUAUUGAGUUUCCAGAUGUCGCUUGCGAGCUAUUUCCAUUCCAGAAAAGGGCUGUUCGAUGGCUUCUGGGGAGGGAAGGCAUGAAGAUUGACAAUAAUGGGGGGCUUUCUCCUCUUCCAUCAUCCUCCAGCAGUCUCCCGCAGUCGUUCAGACCGAUGAAAGAUGCCGAUGGACAAGCUUGUUACUUCAGCCACCUUUUCAUGACCAUCACCAGAGAUUUUUCUCAAUGGGACGAUGCGAAAGAUUCACUGAAGGGGGGAAUUCUCGCAGAAGAGAUGGGCCUCGGCAAGACAGUUGAAUUAAUAGCUUUGAUCAGCUUGAAUCGACGCCAACCGCAGCUAACGUUCGACCCGAAUUCAUUGAGAGAUUCUGGUGCUACUCUGAUCAUUACGCCCCCUGCUAUUCUAGAACAAUGGAAGGAUGAGAUUCACCGCCAUGCUCCAAAACUGCGUGUACACCACUACACCGGCAUCAAGCGCACUAAACAACCCUCAGACGAUCUGAUAGUCGAAGAGAUCGCGGAUUUUGAUAUCGUUCUGACUACAUACGACGUUAUUUCUCGGGAGAUCCACUACGUCAAUUCAGAACCAACCCGUAGUCUUAGACAUGUGAAACGAUUUGAAAAACGAAAAACUCCUCUCGUCCGCAUAUCAUGGUGGCGUGUUUGCCUUGAUGAAGCGCAGAUGAUCGAAAGUGGAGUGAGUAAUGCUGCCAAAGUUGCUCGCUUGAUUCCUAGACAGAAUGCCUGGGCAGUCACUGGUACACCAAUUCGCCGAAAUAUAGACGACCUAUUUGGACUGCUAUUGUUCCUUCACUACCAGCCCUAUUGUUUCUCAAAUUCGUUGUGGAAACGGCUUUACUGGAGGUUUGGACCAGUUCUGGCGAGCAUUAUCCAAGCAAUCGCUCUCAGGCACAACAAGGAUCAUGUACGCAAUGAGCUUCACCUUCCGCCGCAGAAAAGAGUCGUCAUCACCGUCCCUUUCACUGCCGUGGAAGAGCAGUACUAUUCUCAAUUAUUUGAACAGAUGUGCUAUCAAAGCGGUCUAGAUGAAUCAGGCUCGCCACUUCGAGCAGAUUGGGAUCCGGAUAAUAUCGGCACGGUUGAGAAAAUGCGUAGCUGGCUGAUACGACUUCGUCAAACCUGUCUUCACCCUGAACUGAGUGGUGGUAAUCGGCGAGCCCUGCGCAUUGGUAACGGUCCAUUACGUACCGUUGAUGAUGUGCUGGAGGCCAUGCUUGAAAAUACUGAUAUAUCCAUCCGCACGGAAGAACGUGCCCUUCUUCUUUCACAGCUUCGUCGAGGACAGCUUUUGGAAACGGCUAAGCGUCGGGAGGAAUCAUUGUCUCUUUGGCAGGCGGCACUGGAGCAUUCCACGCGGCUGGUUGAAGAGAGCAGAGAACAAUUGCGGCUACUAAAGACCAUAGAAAAUGGUGUUUCCAAAGACAAUUUUAAAGAAAAAGUAGAUGACUCCGAUGGGGAGACCGAAGAUACGGACAAAAAUAGUCGCGUUGGACAAUGUCGACUAAAACUUCGCGCUGCCCUCGAGGUCCAGCACAUUGCUGUCUUCUUCACUGCAAACGCCUACUAUCAGAUCAAGAGCGAUCCUAAUCGGACACAGCCAGACUCGGAAGAGUUUAAGUCGCUUGAGAAAAAGGAAGAAGAAGGAUACGAAACUGCUAAGCUUAUACGUCAGGAAAUGCUCACUGAUAUUUCCCAAAAGGUGAAACGUCACAUGAGGAAAAUCAAAGAAAAAAAGCAAAAGAAUCAGUUUGUUCAGAUUCCAAAAAUGAAGCCUCAUCUCUACAGCAGAGGGGUUGAGUCCUACCAACUGCUCAACAAGUUUGAAGAUUUGUGUAACGCUUUGAAUAAUCAUGCUGAGCAGUACAACGAAUGGCGUAGUGUCAUGAUCGAUCAAGUUUCACAGUCACUCAUUGACCAAGAGGAGGAUGCCGAGCUGGAAGGAGACGAAUACGAGCGAUCGACGAAACAUCAAGAUGAGAUGUAUGUCUACAUGGAAGCUCUGCGAUCAAUGUACGCCGAUCGUCAUGACGCUUUAACUGGCCAGAAUAAUAUCCUCAUUUCCCAUGAGGUCAGGGCAGGCAUUUCCCAAGCACAACUCGGUAAAGGACCAUCCCCUCAGCUAUUUCUUUCCAUCAUGAAUACUCGCAGUCAGCUUAAGCCCGACCCUAAGCUGGGCUCGCUUCGUGGCAUUGUUGUUGAGCUUCGCAGCCUAAUGACAUCCCUUGAGUGGCAAGCAAAUGGUGGGAGUGCUCGUGCUCGCGCAGAGCUUGAGGUGGUGGGGGAGGUUUUGAAAAAUGCCGGACAUAUGAUAUCUGAGCAGCUCACGGUGUCUUCUAGCCUACAAAGGGAGGUUGAGGUGCUCCGUGACGCCAUGAAUGUCCGACUGGAGUACUACCGUCACCUGCAGCAAAUCUCAGAUACAGUAGCGCCGUAUGACGAGGAAAAUUCCGGAAAACCUAUGGAUGAAGCACUAUUUGCUUCUAAGUUGAAGCAGGAAGAGGCGCUCGAAGGCAAGAUAGCUUCUUUGAAGUCCAAGAGACGUUAUUUUAUUCAUUUACGGGACGAUUCUGGCGCUGAAGAUAGCUCCAGAGUUUGCAUCAUCUGCCAGUCUGGUUUUCAAGCUGGUGUUUUGACUGUAUGUGGCCACAAGUACUGCAGUGACUGCAUCGGAAUGUGGUUGGGUCAAAACCGAACCUGUCCCGUGUGCAAAAAACCUUUGAGACGCAAUGACUUCCAUCGGAUCACAUACAAUCCACAGGACCUGGUCGCUCAAGAGGAAGAAGAACAUGUCAAGUUGGAUGGGGGACAUUCAAAGAAUGCCAUCUACACUGACAUUAGCUCUGGGCUUCUAAAGGAGAUCAAAAAUAUUCAACUUCAUGAUUCUUUCGGCACUAAGAUUGAUACAAUUGCACGUCACAUCAUAUGGCUACGAAAACACGACCCUGGUGCUAAGUCGAUUAUCUUUUCUCAGUAUAAGACCUUCCUGGGUAUCUUGCAAAUGGCGUUGGAACGCUUCGGUAUUGUGAGCAGCAGCGUUGAUAACUCCGGUGGUAUUGAGAAGUUCAAGAACGAUCCUGCGGUGGAAUGUUUCUUGUUACAUGGUAAAGCACAAUCAUCAGGGCUGACAUUGAUCAAUGCCACUCAUGUAUUUCUAUGUGAGCCAUUGAUCAAUACAGCAAUUGAACUGCAGGCUAUUGCCCGAGUGCAUCGAAUUGGACAGAAUCGUCCAACUACGGUGUGGAUGUACCUUGUCUCCGGUACAGUAGAAGAAUCUAUCUAUGAUCUUUCGGUGACUCGCCGCCUCGCCCAUAUCAUCGCGAAGGAGAAGCAAGAGAAGAAAUCUCACUCGGGAAUCCCGGAUGAAGAGGUUUCGGUUGAUGCACUUACUGAGACAGUCAUUGAUUCUGCAAACUCGAUGGAAUUGCAGGGUGUGCUAUCAGACUUGAUGUCUUAUCAUGAAGGUGGAGAAAAUGUACCAAAAGAUGAUCUUUGGCAAUGUCUCUUUGGAAAUCAUGCCCGCAAAGAGGUCAAUAAACGUCCGACUGAUACAGAGAGGGAGGUGAAUCGGUUCUUGCGAGGUGAGGCUGCCAGUCAGAGAAAGGAAGAAGCUACAAAUGGAUGA